UAGUACCUUCUAAAGGCUCCACUCAUACUUGUAAAAUAACAGACUGGGUUUCAUUUGUCAAGUCAAAUGCCUCACCAGUCUUCAUCUUCCUUGGUCUUGAUAUUUCCUACCCAUUUCUCUUGCGCAUAUUAUCAAACACCUUGUGCGAAUUACACAGAGCUUCUGUUGAAUCCCUAAAGCCCAACGAUGGCUCGUUUCAGACUUCUCUCUCUUUUUGUGUUGAUUCUGAUUUCUCUUCUACUUCCACGCCUUGAUGAUGCUGCUGUAGUUGAAGAUGAUUUCAAAUGUUUAGAAGGAUUCAAGAAGUCUUUGGAUGAUCCAGCUGGGAAUCUGAAUUCAUGGAACUUUAAAAAUACUACCGUCGGAGCUAUCUGUAAGUUUACGGGUGUUAAUUGCUGGAAUGACAACGAAAAUCGGAUCAUCAGCCUUGCUCUUGCGAACAUGAACCUCGGCGGGAAGGUUACAGAGCCUGUACAGUAUUGUGCCAGCUUGACAACUCUUGAUCUCUCUGGUAAUCGUUUGUCUGGUCCAAUUCCUUCUCAAAUUUGUACUUGGCUCCCCUUUUUGGUAACCCUAGACUUGUCAGGUAACGAUUACUCUGGCUCUAUCCCUGCCGAUCUUGCUAAAUGCACCUUUUUGAAUAAAUUAUCGCUCAGUGAUAACAAGCUUACUGGAAAUAUUCCCCCUGAAUUUUCUAGUUUAGGUAGGCUCAAAAGUUUAAACAUGGCAAAUAAUCAACUCUCCGGUAGAAUUCCGGCAGCUUUUGACUCUGCCGAUUCGUCUAACUUUCACUUUGAGGGAAAUAGUCUCUGUGGUGGACCUUUGGGGAAAUGUGGAGGACUCAGUAAAAAAAGCUUAGCUAUUAUUAUUGCAGCAGGAGUCGUUGGUGCUGCUGCUUCUAUGUUGUUGGCUUUUGGUGCGUGGUAUUGGUUUUUCACCAAAGCCGGGAAGAGGAAGAGAGGGUAUGGAAUUGGGAGAGACCACUCUGAUAGUUGGGCUGAUAAGCUGAGGGCUCACAAGCUCACUCAGGUUAUGUUGUUCCAGAAACCGCUUGUCAAGGUUAAAUUAGCUGAUUUGUUGAUUGCCACAAAUGGCUUCAGGACGGACAAUGUCAUCAACUCAACUAGAAUGGGUACUACUUAUAAUGCUGUGUUACGUGAUGGUUCUGCACUUGCCAUUAAGCGGUUUAAUGCUUGCAAACUGAGCGAGAAGCAGUUUCAGGAUGAGAUGUAUAGGCUAGGGCAACUUAGGCAUCCUAAUUUGGUGCCACUGUUGGGGUUUUGUGUUGUUGAAGAGGAGAAGCUUUUGGUUUAUAAACACCUGUCAUAUGGUACUUUGUACUCAUUCUUGAAUGAGAAUGCAAGUGAAUUGGAUUGGCCUACUCGGUUUAGAAUUGGUUUAGGUGCUGCUAGGGGCCUUGCUUGGUUACAUCAUGGUUGCCACCCACCUAUCUUGCACCAAAACAUAUGUUCUAAUGUUAUUUUCCUCGAUGAAGACUUUGAUGCUAGAAUAAUGGAUUUUGGGCUGGCAAGGUUGAUGACGUCAGAUGCAAAAGAGUCUAGUUUUGUGAAUGGGGAGUUGGGUGAAUUUGGCUAUAUAGCUCCAGAGUACUCUAGCACAAUGAUACCUUCACUGAAAGGGGAUGCUUAUAGCUUUGGGGUAGUCCUUUUGGAGUUGGCUACUGGACAAAAACCUCUUGAAGUUACUGCUGAUGAAGAGGGAUUCAAGGGUAAUUUGGUGGACUGGGUGAAUCAGCUCUCUGUUUCAGGUCGCAUUAAAGAUGCAAUUGACCAGAACAUGUGUGGUAAGGGGCAUGAUGAAGAGAUUGUGCAAUUCCUAAAAGUUGCUUGUAAUUCUGUGGUUUCUCGGCCCAAUGAUAGGUGGUCUAUGUAUCAGGUUUAUGAAGCACUUAAGAGCAUGGCUGAAAAACAGGGUUUCUUUGAACAGUACGAUGAAUUCCCGUUACUAUUUGGCAAAGAAGGUGCUACUAGCAGCCCUGUUUGAAGCCGGAAUUGCGACAUUAUUAAGUGUUCCACUCCCAAUGAACAUGAUGCAUCCUGUUGUAAGUUUUCAGUUCCUUUUGGUGUAAGUGGCAUGACACUGUUUUGAUUGGCUCAGAAGUACACCCUUUCAAUAUUUCUGUAUUAUAUUUGCAAAAUGCACAAAUCAUUCUCAAGUAUUUGCUUGCUUGAAAUUUGUAGUAUAGGAAGCAACUGAUAAAUGUUGUUCUUGUUUGUGAUUACUGUUGCGUAUAGAAUUAGAUGUUUGUAUUCAGAGUUUUCUCAACUGAACGUCUCAUUUAUUGGAAACUGUUCUAUAUUA